CUUUCUUACAUGUGACAUUGACAUCUAUCAAAAGUAUCAAAUUCGGAUAUCCGAAAUCUAUGCACUUGUGUCUUCGUUUUGAUUUAUUUUGAUAUAAAAUGAGAACUAUGUUGAAAACAUUAAUUGCGGCUACUAACUUGCCUGUGAGGCGGUAUGCAGUGCGGUUUUGUUCUAGUGAUGCUCAAGCUAAACCUAAAACUGAUGAAAAACAAGAGCCAGAAAAAGAAUCGGAACCGGCCAAAAUAGAAGUUGUAAAAAAAAAUAUUGUUAUUGAGAAAUUUGGAUCCGUUAUGACACUAAAUAUAGACCGUCAAAAAACACGGAACAGUCUGGAUAUAGUGACUCUGAACGAAAUGACUGAAGCCAUCAACGCAUUUGAUAAUGAUCCUGAAGCCAAAGUUUUGGUGUUCAAUGGAGAAGGUGGCAGCUUCUGUUCAGGUUUCAACAUGGAUGAUAUAGGCACACAUGGAUAUAACAAUUUGAAAGACGCAGCGAUACGUCUAGAAAGAAGACCUCUCUGUGAUAAAAUCACCAUAGCAGCGGUGUCAGGGUAUGCGGUAGCUGAAGGGUUUGAACUAGCUCUGUCAUGUGAUCUCCGAGUCAUUGAGGAAACAGCUGUACUUGGCUGUCUUGGGAGGAGAUUCGGAGUUCCUCAGUCAAUAUACGGUGCUCGCAAGCUGACGUCACUGAUCGGAUUGUCUCCCGCGUUGGAUCUACUCAUCACAGGCCGACUCAUCUCAGGAGUGGACGCCCAUCGGUUAGGGCUGGCUUGUAAACUCACUUCCACCGGGACUGCUUUGGGCGAGUCAAUAAAACUGGCGAAAUCCUUAGUAAAGUUCCCUACGAAUGCGAUGGUUAUGGACAAGAUGGCUGCCAUUAAUUCCCAACUAAAUCCCAACUCGGAGGAGAGUAUGAGGGACGAGGCUAUCAUGCAAAGUUUAUUAGGAAACGCCAUUGAAGAUAUGAAGGAAGGAGUCAAGAAGUUUCAAGCAGGCAUAGGCAAACAUGGCAAGUUCUACAAGCUAAAAGAACUUCCAUUAAAAGACUGGGAACUCGAAGAUACAGAAGAUGAGGUCACCAUCAAAUUGAAUGAGAGUGAUACAGAAAAGGAGAAAGCCAAAUGAAGUGUUAUCUUAUGUGUAGAGAAUAAGACUUGUUUUGCUUUGUUUGUAAGGUAAUGAAAAGGUUUCAUUGCAAUAGUUAUGUU